CGCCUUGGUCGCGCCAGUAGGGCUUCCGACGGUCUGUUUUCCACUUGACUUGAGCUGACCAUCACCGGCUUCGAUGGAGGAAGGUGGAGUAAGGAGGCAAAGCCUCCCUUCUAUUAGAGCUCUCGGAUCCCUGUUCAAGCUUACUGAAGUCUACAUAUGGGAUGAUGGCUCAACGGAGAAGCUAGAAUUGUCCUUAUUCCCCGAAUCCAUUGAAUCGCCUCCGGAGAACGACGGUACUAGCUCUGAGAGUCCUUCCUUAACAACUACCGAUUUUGGUCCCUCCGCAGAGGACGACGAAUUGAGCAAACAGAUGGAUUCUCUAGGGCUUCCCCUUGCUUUCCAAUCCAAUAAAAAGACGAUGAAUUACACCAAGAAAGGCAAAAGAAAAGGGACUGUUAUGAAGCAUUCUUGUGAUCAUUACACUACUUCUAAUGCAUCAUUGGAAGUUUCCAACGUGAGUGAAGCAGGGACUGAAUCUCCUACUGUUUUGCGUGCUAACAAAAGCAAUUCUAUAUGUUGCAUAUCAAUGCUGGGUACGAGUGAGUCAUGUUACUAUGAUAUUGCAGUGGAUACCAGCAAUUCUAAAGAUCUAUGUAUUGAAGAUUAUGAGAGUCCAACUAAGGUUCCUCCCGAGUCGAUCUUUGUUGAUCUGUGUGGUGAAUGUGAGAGGGGUCAGACUGUAUCUGGAACUGAUCAUAUGACUAAUGAUGACUAUGUCAAAGACAAUACAAUUUUGGAUAGUUCAGAUGCCGCGAAUCCAGAUAUUGCUGAUGGUCUGAAAGAAGUUGUUGAUUUGGUGGAGAAGGAUUGCAUACAUGACUGCCCUGUUAGCGAUCUUCAAGAAUGCGAGAAUUACAUGGAGUGGCCUGAAGCUUCUGAGGCUGCAGUGCCCCAGGGUUCAGAAGUACUUGGGGAUAAUGGGAUAGAGAGUCAUGACCAGAAUGGUGCUUUUGGGGAUUGGGCGGUAUACUGGGAUUCUUUUUACAUGAGGAAAUAUUUCUAUAAUGAAAAAACAAAUAGUUCUACAUGGUCACCACCGCCAGGAAUGGAACAUCUUGUAUUCAGUAGUCUUACUAAUGAGGCAGAUGAAGUAAUUGCUGGGGACUAUGGGAUAGAUGACGACCCUUCUGUUUCCUGUGGCUUGCUGAAGUGUUCCGGAUUAUUAGAGGAACCUGCUAAUGAUAGUAGGAUAGCAGAUCAGCCAUCUAAUGAGGUCUGUGAUGGGGAUGGACUUGCUUCUGAAAGAACUUUGCCAAGCUUGACUUUCUCGAUCGUCAAUGGCUGUUUGGAGAAUGAGGGUGCACAGAAGGGGAUUGAUAAAGGUUGUCUUGGUGACAUUUCCCAGCAAACAGCAUUGGAGGAACGGCAUAUUGACAGUGUGAUCAGCGAUGAAGUCACUGUGAAUGUUGACCAGCAUGAGGAACAUGAAGAUACUAAGACUGAGCUGGACACUGAACCUGAUUUUCUAGUUAUCAAAAGAAAUCGGAAAGGAAGAAGGAAGAGAGCACGCUGUCGAUCUGCCAAGGAUAGUGAAGAUCUCCAAAGUCAAGUUGUGUCGGAGGAGCUUUCUGCCGCUCUUGAGAAAUACUGGUGUCAGCGAUACCUUCUAUUCUCUAGAUUUGAUGAUGGUAUAAAAAUGGACGAGGAAGGGUGGUUUUCUGUAACACCUGAGCUGAUAGCUGGGCAUCAUGCUUUGCACUGUGUUGAUGACGUCGUCAUUGACUGCUUCACCGGAGUUGGUGGAAAUGCUAUCCAAUUUGCUCAAUGGUGCCAACAUGUUAUUGCAAUCGAUAUAGAUCCGAAAAAGAUAGACUAUGCCCAUCACAAUGCUACCAUCUAUGAAGUUGAUGACCAUAUAGAUUUCAUAAAGGGAGACUUCUUCAAUUUGGCACCAAAACUGAAGGGGUUGGCUGACACUGUGUUUUUGUCACCACCCUGGGGUGGACCGGAUUAUGUUAAAAUGAAGACUUAUGACAUCAAUAUGCUUAAACCACACGAUGGGUAUUUGCUCUUCAACACAGCAAAGCAAAUUGCGUCAAAAAUUGUAAUGUUCCUCCCAAGAAAUGUUGAUCUAAAUCAGUUGGCUGAGUUGGCUCUAUCUGCUGAUCCUCCUUGGUCUUUGGAGGUAGAGAAGAACUUCUUGAAUGGCAGGUUAAAAGCAAUAACAGCUUACUUCCGCGACACAGCAGUUCAUGGACAAUAAACCCCCCACUUGAUUCAGUAGUGACCUUGGAGGAAAGUAGUCAAUUUGUGUUGAGAUCUACGGAUAACAAUUAACAAGUAGCAGGUGAAGGUGAAUAGCAAUGAUAGUAGGCUAGUAGCUUGGUUAACUUUACACUUAUGUUAGAAGCUGUUAUGUUUUGUAAAGGAAACUAGGACUCCAACCAAAUAUCGCAAGAGUUGACAAAGUAGUUAGCUCAGUUACAGCACACAGCUGGGUCGAAAUUCUUGGAAAGCCACCAACCUUGGGAAAUCAUCGUUCUUCAGCUUACAAGCAAGCCGUUCUGUCGGACAACCGAGUUAGGCCGUAGGUGUAUACCUAUAUGGUCCUCAAAUUUGGUGAUGACUUCUCCUUGUGAGUUUCUGAUAAUCAGAAUGUCAAUGUCAGGCAGGGGAAGGAAGGAGGAAGUCAGCCUGAGAUCAAUACUGGUACCACCAAGUGUUUAAAUACCCAUCAAAUUUGCUAUCUUCUGCUCUUCAUAGGCAGUUGCCAAGUUGUUUUUGUAUUUCCUAGUGUCUCCAUCUAGUUUUGAUAUUAGUUAGUUUAGAUUUUCUACAAGCUCGAAGUUUUACAGCUACCCCACCAUUUUGACAACUUCCUGUGGGUGGCUAAUCUAAAGGUUGACAUUAAGUAGUUCUCCUUUUGUGUGUAAAGAUGGUAAUAUAGAUGGAUACGGGUU